AUGAGCGAAGAGACCUCCCCGCAGCGGGUUGCCAUUGGUAUUUCCUUUGGCAACUCCUACAGCUCCAUCGCCUUCACCACAGGUGAGGGCAAGGCUGAGGUUAUCGCCAACGAGGAGGGAGACCGCCAGAUCCCCACCAUCCUGUCCUACGUCUCUGGCGAGGAGUUCCACGGCACCCAGGCUAAGGCGCAGCUUGUCCGCAACUCGAAGAACACUGUUGCCUACUUCAGAGACUUCCUUGGCAAGGACUUCAAGUCGAUAGACCCCACCCCUGCCCACCAGUCCGCACACCCCAAGGAGCAUGAAGACACCAUCUCUUUCUCGGUCAGGGAUAGUGAGGAGGAUGUUGAGAAUGAGCGCACCAUCUCUGAGAUCACCACGAGGCACCUGCGCAGGUUGAAGAACUCUGCCUCCGACUACCUUGGCAAGACCGUCAACACUGCCGUCAUCACCGUCCCGACCAACUUCACCGACCACCAGAAGGAGGCCCUGACCAAGGCUGCCAAGGAGGCUGAGAUUGAGGUCCUCCAGUUCAUCAGCGAGCCCGUGUCUGCCGUUCUCGCAUACGAUGCUCGCCCUGAAGCUAAGGUUUCGGACAAGAUCGUGGUUGUUGCCGACAUUGGCGGAACUCGCUCUGAUGUUGCCGUCAUCGCUUCGAGAGGCGGCAUGUACAGCAUUCUGGCCACUCUCCACGACUACGAGGUUGCUGGCACCCAGCUUGACCAGGUCCUUAUGGACUACUUCGCCAAGGAGUUCAUCAAGAAGCACAAGACUGACCCUCGAGAGAACGACCGCAGCCUUGCCAAGCUGAAGCUUGAGUCCGAAGCCGUCAAGAAGGCCCUCAGCAUUGGCCAGUCGGCCAACUUCAGCGUCGAGAGCUUGGCUGACGGCGUCGACUUCACUGCCACCAUCAACCGCACCCGCUUCGAGCUGCUAGCGAACAAGCACAUUGCCAGCCUGACCCGUCUGAUCAACCACGCUGUUGAGAAGGCCGAGCUGGAUGUUCUCGACAUCGACGAGAUCAUCCUCUCCGGCGGCUCCAGCCACGUCCCCAAGAUCGCUCGCAGCGUCCAGAGCGCUUUCCCCGAAAGCACCACUGUCCUGGCUCCCGCUACCUCGACCACGGCCAUCAACCCCUCCGAGCUCGCCGCUCGUGGUGCCGCCAUUCAGGCUUCCCUGAUCCAGGAGUUCGAGGCCGAGGACAUUGAGCAGAGCACGCACGCCAUGGUCACUGUUGCUCCCCACACCUCCAAGGCCAUCGGCAUUCUCUGCAUAUCCGAAUCGGAGGAGCACGGUGUCUUCCGCCCGCUCAUCGAUGCCGAGACUCCUGUCCCGGUCAGGCGCACUGCUCAAAUCGCCACUCCCCGCGAGGGCGGUGACAUCCUCGUCAAGAUUUGCGAGGGUAUCCGUAAUAUCAAGGUCGAGAAGCCCGAGCCCAAGGCCAAGGACGCUAAGAAGAGCGGCGAUGACGAGGACGAGGAUGACUCGGACAUCGACUCGGAUGACGAGCCGGAGGAGAUCCGCUCCAAGGUAUGGAAGGCCGGUACUGCGCUUGCCGAGGCUGCUCUCAAGGGGGUCAAGAAGGGCGCCAAGGUCGAGGUCCAGGUCAACGUCGGCGCCGAUCUGGCCGUGCAGAUCAUCGUCCGUGAGGUCGGUGGCAAGGGUGGUAUCAGGGGCAACCUUGAGAAGCCUGCGGCUACCCAGAACGGCAGUGCAUAA